AUGAACAAUUCUACUAUCCUUUUAUGUACAUCAAAUGAUUAUACUAUUGAUUGUUUGUUAGGACAAGGUGCUUAUGGUCAAGUAUUUAAGGGGAAAUUUCAAAAAAAAAUUGUUGCUAUUAAAGAAAUGAUGUUUGAUAGAAAUUAUCAAUAUGAAUAUAAUUGUUUUAGGAGAGAAAUCGAGUUAAUAAAAAUACUAAUUCAUCCAAACAUUGUUGAGACAAUAGGUAUUGUUGAUGAACCAAAAAAUCUUGUAUUAAUUAUGGAAUAUGUUCCAGUUGGUUCAUUAAGAGAAUUAAUCAAAAGUCAAGAAUUAAAAAAAGAAAUGAGAAUUCGUGUUUGUUAUGACGUUAGUAUUGCCCUUUCGUAUCUUCAUCACCUUAACAUUAUUCAUCGUGAUAUCAAAAGUGGAAAUGUAUUAUUGACAACAAAAAAAGAAUAUAAAGCAGGAGUUGUUGCUAAGUUAUGUGAUUUUGAAUCAUGUUGUUAUGAAAAAGAUUCUAUUGUUGAUAAGAAAAUUGGCACGCCAAUAUAUAUGCCACCAGAACAAUGGAAUUCAAAAAAACUAACAAAAGAAAGUGAUAUUUAUUCAUUUGGAAUAUUAUGUUAUGAGUGCAUUGAUAAUCAUCUUCCAUAUGAUACUCCUGAAUUUUUAAAUGAAUGGAAUAUAGCAAUGUUUGUAUGUCAAAAUAAAAGACUUCCAAAACCAAAAGAGUGUAAUGAAUAUUUUUGGAAAAUUAUCACAGGAUGUUGGUGUAAUGAACCAUCUCAACGAAUGAGUUUGUUAUAUUAUUAA